GGGAGGGAUGGAGACGGAGCGCUGCGGGCCGCGGCCGGCGUCGCCGCUGGUCUCCUCCUCCCCCUCCCGUCCCUCUGGCGGCGAGGAGGCUGCAGUCCCUGCCCUCGUGGAGCCCUCCGCUGGGGCCCCGCAUUCAGCAGCGCCCCCGCGCCUUGCCUCUUCCCCGGAGCUGCUGGAGUUCGACGACGACGAGGACCUGGAAGUGUUCAGCAAGGACGCAUCACUAAUGGAGGUAAAUUCAUUUAGUCCUUUGAUGCCGACAUCUCCUUCUUCUAUGAUAAACCAGUACAAAUUUGAAGAUGAACCAGAAUUAAAGGACCUUUUCAUUACUGUUGAUGAUCCAGAAAGCCACAUCACUGCUAUUGAGACAUUUAUCACCUACAGAGUUGUCACAAAGACAACCCGUGGUGAAUUUGAUUCCAGCGAGUAUGAAGUUCGACGACGGUAUCAGGAUUUCCUUUGGCUAAAGGGAAAACUUGAAGAAGCACAUCCAACACUGAUCAUUCCUCCAUUGCCUGAAAAAUUCAUAAUGAAAGGAGUUAUGGAACGAUUUAAUGACGAUUUCAUUGAGACUCGAAGAAAAGCACUACAUAAAUUUUUAAACCGAGUUGCCGAUCAUCCCACUUUAACUUUUAAUGAAGAUUUAAAAAUUUUUCUUACUGCACAAGCCUGGGAACUUUCCUCUCACAAAAAGCAGGGGCCUGGUUUGUUGAGCAGAAUGGGACAAACGGUCAAAGCGGUUGCAUCCUCGAUGCGAGGAGGAGCUGUGAAAAACCGUCCUGAUGCAUUCACAGAAAUGAAUGACUAUGUGGAUGUAUUUAGUCAGAAAAUCAGUCUCUUGGACAAAAUCUCACAUAGAGUUUAUAAAGAAGAAAAAGACUAUUUGUAUGAAAUGAAGGAAUUUGGCUCAGUCUACACACUUUGGUCUGCUUCUGAAGAAGACCUAGUAGACACCCUAAACGGCGUUGCCAGCUGCAUUGACCAGUGCUGCAAGGCUACACAGAAACAGAUGGCAGCACUUUCUGAAACCCUGUUCCCCACUCUACACGAAUAUGUGCUCUACAGUGAAAUAUUAAUGGGAGCCUUGAAAAGGAGAGAUCACAUCCAAGCAGACCUUGAUUCCAAAGUUGAAGCUUUAUAUAAUAAAAAGACAGAAAAUGAUGUGCUCUCAGAAGAGAUUGGAAAACUUGAAGACAAAGUGGAGUGUGCCAAUAAUGCACUGCAGGCUGACUGGGACAGAUGGAAAGAAAGCAUGCGUCUUGAUGUGAAGACGGCAUUUAGCGAUGUGGCUGAAAAUAAUAUCCGGUAUUAUGAACAGUGCCUUGCCACUUGGGAAUCCUUCUUGACAUCUCAAACAACAGACAUUUGUUUGGAAGAAAACUCUGACGAUCGGUCUUGACUUACUGAAAGAAAAGAUUGUUAUCUUCGUAAAUGUUGCUUGUGCCAACCAAAGAAGUGCCCUGAACAGGAAAUCACAUGCAUUUAUUCUGUAUAAAUACUAAGAUUAAGCAACUGUGGGAAACAAGCCUAAUUAAAUCUCAGGUAUUCUACAGUCCUGGACCAUAUUUCGAAUCAUGGCAAACAGAGUAAGAGAAGUAUGGUUUGAUUUUCAACAGUAUUCUGCCUAUAUUUGUUUUCUGAAAUACUCUGUAAUUUGGAUAUAAAUAUUUUAGCUAUAUGAAAAUAGCUUCAUUUUAAUA